GGCGCCGACGCGGCGCUGGGGACGGGCGGCCAGCCGGGGCGACAGCUGCGGGGGUGGCCCUGACCUUCCUGCGGAUCGAUGGGGAGCGGCCCGGGCUGCGCGGAGCCGGGGCGGUGCUGACGCCCCCGGCCAGCCCCCCGCCCGCCACCCCCCGCCGGGCGCCUCUAUAAAGGGUGGCGCGGGCUCCGGCUUCGGUCGCAGCGCUCAGCCACCCGGAGCGCCCACCAUGGCCCCCCGGGCCCUGCUGCUGCUGCUGCUGCUGCCUCCGCUGCUCCAAGGCUCCGCCGCGCGCCCCGCGCCCCCCAGGGCCCCGCGACACUCGGACGGGACGUUCACGAGCGAGCUCAGCCGCCUGCGGGAGAGCGCGCGGCUGCAGCGCCUGCUCCAGGGCCUGGUCGGGAAGCGCAGCGAGCAGGACGCGGAGAACAGCACAUCCUGGACCCACUCUGCCACCGAGUCGGCCGAGGGCCCCCUCUGCCUGCUGUGGUCCCACAAGGCCGUCCUGCAGGCCUGGAUGAUGCCCCCCACACCCCCCCUGGAUCAGGCCUGGUCGCCCUGGCUGCCUCCUGGACUCAAGUCUGGGGUCGUGGUUUCAGAGCCGGCCAUCUCUGCUGAGACCCAGAGGAGGUCCUGAGGAAGAAGGAACCUCCUCCCACUGACCGGGACACGAGCCUGGGGGGCAGGCGUGGCGGGAGGGGCUGCCCUUGGCACCAAUAAAGGAGGAAUUGAGACCCUGGCCUGGCGAGCGCGCUGUGUGCACCGUCUCUGAGCCGCCAGGCAGCCUGGGGGCGGAGC